GUAUUACUUUAAAGUCCAAGCGACGAACCCUUAUGGUUAUGGUCCUAUAAGUUCAUCCAUCUCCUAUGUCACUGAAUCUGAUAAUCCUCUUCUUAUUGUCAGACCACCAGGUGGUGAACCCAUCUGGAUCCCAUUCACUUUUAAAUACGAUCCCACAUACUCAGAAUGCAGUGGCAAGCAAUAUGUGAAACGGACAUGGUACAGGAAAUUUGUAGGUGUUGUUCUUUGUAAUUCAUUGAGAUACAAGAUUUACCUCAGCGAUGACCUGAGAGAUACAUUUUACAGCAUUGGGGAUAGCUGGGGAAGAGGAGAAGAUCACUGUCAGUUUGUGGAUUCCCACUUGGAUGGACGAACAGGACCACAGUCCUAUGUGGAAGCUCUCCCUCCUAUUCAAGGUUAUUAUCGCCAAUAUCGACAAGAGCCUGUAUCAUUUGGACGCAUUGGAUAUAUGACACCCUAUUACUAUGUGGGCUGGUAUGAGUGUGGUGUACCAAUUCCAGGGAAGUGGUAGCUGUGCUGUGGUCUUCUGCAGAUCUCAGCCACAACUUUUAAAUAACUGCCUUUGAAGGACUUGGAGCAGCUGGUUUCGGGAAUGAAAGAAAACAAAAAUCCCCCAAAGGAAGAAACAAGAGAAGCUCACUGGAACUCAGUGCUUUUGUUAUCCUAAGUCUAUGGUGCUGCUUGGUUAUUCUGCUUCAGGACAUAUACAGGAUAAAUUUUGGGUUGUCCUGCCUUCUUCUCCUUGGUUUUAAUAGGCCUGGAAAUGUAACGGAAAUGAGCACUUAUCUAUGCUCGGUGAAGCCUAAUAUAUUUGAUUAACCACACAGAAAAAUGGAAUUGUGAUAUAUCUUGCAAGAAAACGACUUAAGCAUGCUAUGCUUGCAUUAUGGAAUGUUAACCAGUUUCCACUGCUAUUAAUAGAGUUCUUUGUUGUUAUCCAUUGGCGGUUGUGAGCUUCAGAAUGUUGCCUCACAGCCGCACUAUGUUACAAAACACCCAUGAAAACCAAAUGGAAGUGUUGCUCAAAGGUUCUUCCGGGGGUUUGCACGUUGCUGAACAAAAUACCAGGUCACUAUGUCAGUUCAGCUGGCACAAACAAUGAACAACCAGUACUGUAUGGUUGCAGAAAUACGUUUUAAAACUGAGAUUUUUUAAAAAAGAAUUUAGAUAAAUAUGUUUAUGGGUUGAUGUUUAUGUAAAAGGUGCUAUUCAUAACAAGUCUUCUAAAAUAAUUAUUCUGUGAAAAAAUACUAUGCACAAUACAUUAAUCGUAUAAUGACCCAGGCUUUUCUUCUUGUGGGUAGUGUUGAACUCUAAUGAAAUAGAAAAUAAAGUAGAAAAACAAAUAGAAAAAAUAGAAAACUUCAGCAUCACGCUCUCAGCAUGGCAUGUUUCAACAACAGUGAAUUAUUUGGUCCAUAUCCUAAUGUGGCUGAGAUGCCAACAUUGGUACAAAUCUAACCAGGUGUGCCUUAAAGGUAUGUCAGAUGCUCUUUAGACCUUUACGGUCUAAAUCACAAACUUAUUUAAAUGGAAUAGAAAGAGACUUUUAUCUCAGUGAAACCAAAGAUUGCUUAAGCUGCCAUAUUAUGUACGUUUGCACAAAAGAAGACUACACAAAAUCAUAAUGUCAGAAGGGUUGAAGAGUUAAUCCUACCUCUCUCUCCCCUUGCCCACGGGCUCCAGUUCUACCCUCCCUUCUAUGGUGUUUAUUUUUAAAGUACAUAUUAAAUGCAAUAUAACAUUUAAUAUCACAACUGGUACACCCUACCCCCAGGCUACACAUUUGCUUAAAUUUGAAAAUUUAGAUAGAUUAGAUUAGAUUAGAAAAUUUAGAUAAAUUAUCCCUUUAGUUGUUGAAACCCCUUUUGUCUUUUUCAGACACAUAUUUAUUUAGGCUAAAAAUCAAACUGUGAGGAUUAAUUCCAUGAACCUGGUGGAUUUGAGGCUUAUUUUUCAGGGGGAACAGUACCAACUUACUUUUGAAGAGAUUAAAGUUUCAAAAUCAGUUCACAAUAUUGCUUGCAGGUCAGAUGCUUCAAAAGAAAAAAAAUAUGAGAGAGAUCCAAACAUAGCUUGAGUCACUUAAAUAUCUCAGAUUUCUUUCAGAAGUAAAGCCCCUCACCCAACUAUUUAGCAUAUAGGCAUAUCCAGGACUUAUUUUCACAUUUUAGUUUAUGUUGUUAAUAUCCUAAUUCCAUUAAUAUGGCAAUGCAUUAUUUGUUCUUUAAGUAGAGGUAUUUUGCAGUUGUCCAAUACACAUGUGAAACCAAGCUGCCUAUGUCACAUCCUUCCUGCAUGACCAAAAUGUUAAAAAUAAUGGGGUAGCCUCUGCUCAGAUGAACCCUAUUAACAAACAGAAUUCUCAGGUGUGCUUAAAAAGGAGAGGAUUCUGUUACAGCUGGAUAGAUACUAAAUUGGUAUUUAAAUGUUGAUUUCUCUUUCCAACUUAUUCUGUAGCUUUUAUUUGAGUAGACUGAUAAUGGCUCGCUUAUUUAGAGAGAGACCUUCCAACCUAGCUGGAUGACACUGUCUUCCUUCCCUGCAACAACCCUUCCUCUCCAUUUAACGUGGGAACUCUAGAUAGAAAGUAUAAUUUUCUUACAUUGCACACUAUCCCCGCUGGUCACUUACAGUCAUUCAACAUCAUGCCAAAAUUACAGUCGUGAGGACAGACUUUACAUCUCUGUAGCAUUAGUUGGGUAACACUCUAUGAAGUUACAAGUAAUCAGUAGGAAAUGGUUAAAGUGGGCACACCUUUCUGUACUAAAUAAUAUGUUCUGAUACCACUUUAUUGAGUAGUGUCUCUCCAUUAAAAGCCAAAAUUGUUGGUAAAUAACAAGGCAACUGAAAAACAACGUGAAGAGCACUGAUUCUUGAUUUUAAGCCAAACUUCUUCCAAAAUAAAGAAUAAAGAAUUGGGAGCAACCACAGAGUUGGGUGCAAGUAGCCAAUCUGCAAAGUGUGGUCAAACUGGAGUUCUCCAGGUUACCACUUCUAUGAGCCCCAUUUGGUAUUGCCAAUGGACGAAUAUGGCUAAUGUAUGAAAGCACUGGAAGGCACCAUUGUUUAUCAUUAUUUUUGGUUUAUGCCCAUACUUUAUGUAUUGGAUUAUAUUCUUCACUUAUCUCCAUUAAAACCAGCAUUGCAUAUCCCAGAUGGUGUUUCCUGUACCAAUGCAGUAUGUUUCUAGAAAAAGAUAGUUGAGAACUUGUAAAUGUAAACAUUAGGCCUGGCACCAACAUGCAACACUCUGAUACAGCAGCUCAAGCCUUACAGAGCCUUGGCAUCACUGAUAUGCCUUAUUACUGACCCAUAGGAUUAACCCUAACCUUAGCGCUCUGGGACAUUGUGCAAAAUGUAAUGGCAGACAAAUCCCUAACAUAGGGCACUGAUAAGUGUUUGCUGUACUUGAUGUGGUUGCCAGGUAUGUUUUCAUAGGCAGUCCUGUGGAAAGCAGGGCAAAGUGCAUAAUGAUGUCUUGGAUGACGUCAUGGUGACUUGUAGCAGGAGCCUCUCUAGGAGAUUUGCUAAUGUAGGAACCCUUCUCCUCCAAAGCAGACUUUACUGACAGCUUGUCUAA